UGAGUAGCUACAACAAGAGCCUCCCAGUACCAGAUCCGACGACAUCAUGGACGACGAGCAGCUCCCUUUAGUGAACCGCGACGCCAGCGACUCGCUGCAGCAGCAGCUGUCCAGCUAUCACGAGCGCCAGCGCGCAAGACAGCAACGUCGCCAGCGCUCCAAGACCGUGGGGCGCGCCACUGUGGGCUUCUUAGCGGCAUCGCUGCUCACUCUACUUCUAGUGGCGCUCUCAUGGCCAGCGCAGCGUAAUGAGCGCGCGCUGGAGCUUCGUACGCUGCUGGACGCAUACCAACACGCUAAAAAUUUCUCGGGAGUCGUGCGAUUGAGUCACAAUGGCGAGAAGAAGCUGCAACAGGCCAUGGGAACUGCCAAUGUCCCUUUCAAACAGCCCAUGGAGGAGCACAGCGUGUUCCCCAUGGGGGCAAACGUCCAGCUGCUUGUGGCUGUAGCCAUGUAUCAAUUACAGGAGAAGGGACUUGUAGAGCUGCAUAAGCCAGUAGACGAGUACUGGACGGUGACGGACUGGCGAGCGUUCGGGAAGAACCAGACGUGCUUUAAACUCACAGAAAGCGACGAGUGCGAGCACGUGACGUUCCAGCAUUUGCUGUAUAUGGGGUCCGGUAUUCAGAGCAGUGAUGAGAAGAGAAUGCAGUCCUUGGGACAGCAAGUAGGGGCGUUUAUUGACGCUCCGCUGGCCUUUAAACCGGGCACGAGUUACCAGUACACCGAGGAGAACUACGUGUUGUUGGCUUACAUGGUGGAGAGACUGAGUGGCUUAGCUUUUGGAGAAUAUCUGGAGAAACAUAUCUUCCAAGUGCUUGGCCUCAAAUUGACAACGUACGAUCCGUAUGACGGUGCACUUCGAGUUCGACGCGGACUGGUGGACCAGUACGUGCAGUUCUACGCCCACCGAGCGCCUAAUUCCAGCGAAGACAGCCACAGUGAUAGCUCCAGUGGGCCGCAAAUUGGUCGUGAGAAGCAUUUGCAUCAUAUGAGCACGGGAUCAUGCGCGAUUUAUCAGGAAUUUGACAAUAGCCUCCAUGGUUUGCAGUCCACGGGCAAGGAUAUGCACAAGAUCUACACGGAUCUCUUCCACGGCCAUGGCUACCACUCCAAGCUGUUGAAAGCCGAGUCCAUUGCGCAGAUUGUGGGCACUCGGAACCCCUCGUACCCUGCUUUUGCGCAGGGUAUCGGCGUCGAUUUUGAGGAGAUUCCAGGAGCUAAAACUCCCGACUGGCCUGCGAAGAUCGCGUUCUGUGGCAGUACUGCGUGCUCGAUGACUUGUAUGGCCAUGCAGAUGCCUGCUGCCAACAUGUCUAUCAUCGCUAGUGCUUUCACAAACGACGUACGAUUGUAUUUCCCCAGCGUCGACACAUUCCACGCCUACAAACCUCGUGACUUUAUGGACAAACGCGACUCGAGCAUUGACGCAUUCGAGAAGAACGACGGAGAAGUCAACACGUUGGCCUGGAGUUUACUGCAGGUUUUCCUCCGAUUCUACACAGCCGAUGACUAAGUCAAGAACUAACAGCCAGGAGAAAUGGUACUGUAUGCCAGUUUUUUUUUAUUUCUACACGAGUAAAUUCUACGUGUGCACUUUUUGUCCAGCUGUGGUGGUUACGUGAAGCUGAGUAGUUCGCGAAUGGUUAUUUCGUCCUCUCGAGCCACGAAUCGUCCUUUAACUCGUAGUCGUGUAUCUGCAAAGCUCUUACGGACGUCGUAUUUAACCUCUCUGAUCCACAC